AUGGAAAAGCUUACAACUCAGACUCUCGGGACGGUCCAGCUCCGUCAUGAGGAAACCAACGAAAUUAUUCUGAUUCCAGAGCCGUCUCGAGAUCCAAACGAUCCAUUAAACUGGUCUACUGUACGCAAGUGCUACCUUCUUGGUUUGGUCUCUUUUGGCAUAUUUCUCGUCAAUUUCGUGGCUGUAGGGCCCUCCGUGGCCCUUGCCUCUAUUGCCGUCACUUUUUUUGGAAAUGGUCCAAAUCUUGGGAAGGAAAUUUCGGGAAAGGCUUCAUAUUUCCAGACGGCUACUUCCCUGAUGGUCGGAAUGGGGAACCUCUUCUGGGUUCCCUUGGCGACAAAGUAUGGAAAGCGACCGGUCUACAUUGCUUCCUUCCUGCUUCUUACCGGAUCUUCAGUUUGGUGUGGCGUCGCGACAAGAUUUGCCAGUGAGCUGGCAGCAAGAGUUGUCCUUGGCACUGCCUGCGGUGCACCAGAGAUUAUCGCGCCUCUCACACUGACCGAUAUGUUCUUUCUCCAUCAACGAGGUACCGUCAUGGUAAUUUAUACUUGUGCCUUAUCCUGCGGCGUUGGCGCUGGGGUUGUCGUUUCGGGCCUGAUCACCAUGCAUCAUAGCUGGCGCGUCAUCUACUGGUUGUGCACCGGACUUCUCGGAGCUACGACCAUCUUGGUAUUCUUUACCUUCCCAGAAACAAGUUACAAGAGAGAAGUCACGACCGACGGAAUCGAAACGAUCGAAGAGAGUCCAAAGAUCCGCGUGGGUCACACUGAGGACAUCGUUAUGCCAGUGCCCUCGAAACGAACCUUUGCACAAAAUCUCAGAGUAUUCACCACGAAGUAUACUGACGAGUCCUUCUUCGUGCUUGCUAUGCGACCAAUUAUCGCUCUCGCUCUACCAGCGGUUUUCUGGGCCACAUUGAUCAGCUCUGUCACCAUCGGCAUGAUUGUCAUCAUUUCUGCCAAUUUCUCGACUGCGUUCGCCAAUAUCUACGGAUUCAAGACCUGGCAAUCCGGCUUAACAUUCAUUUCCACCAUCAUCGGCUCUCUGCUCGCGAUCUUUGUGGGUGGUUAUUUGACCGAUUUUAUCGCCGACAAAUUGACGUUGCGGAACAAUGGAAAAAGAACCCCCGAAAUGCGACUUCCUGCUCUUGCGGUGAGCCUGAUCACAGCACCAUUGGCUUGUAUCCUGUAUGGAGUUGGUUGCGGGAAGCAGCUUCACUGGAUUUGUGCAGUCAUUGGAAUCGGUCUAGUCAACUUCACAACCGUUCAGGCAACCAACAUUGCCAUCGUGUAUAUUGUGGACUCAUAUCGUCCAAUUGCCGGUGAGGUCAUUGUCACACAGUCCGUCUUCAAAGGUUGGUCAUUCUAA